UCGGAGCAGGGCCCUGCCUCCAUGGGCCCAGCCGCUGGCAUGGAGCCCACUGACCGACCCAGGCACUGGAGGGGAGUUCUGCACUGCCAGCUAUACUACCUGCUUCUAGGCACCUGUUCGGGGCUGACAGUGACCGUGCCCUCGGCCACAGUCCACGGCGUCCGGGGUCAAGCGCUCUACCUUCCAGUGACCUACAGCUUCCAGACCCCAGCCUCAGACGUCCAGAUCAUAUGGCUGUUCCAGAGGCCUCAGACCACUCCCAAAUACCUGCUAGGCUCAGUGAACAGGUCCGUAGUCCCCGAUCUGGAGUACCGGCACAAGUUCGCCAUGGUGCCACCCAACGCAUCCCUGCGCAUCCAGCCACUCCAUUUCAGCGAUGAGGGCACUUACAUUGUCAAGGUCAAUGUGAACAUGCAAGGAAACGGGACUGUGUCUGCUCAUCAGAAGAUUCUCGUCACUGUGGAUGAUCCCGUGACAAAACCCAUCGUGCACACUCACCCUUCCUCCGGGGCCGUGGAGAACGUGGGCAAUUUGACGCUGACGUGCGCUGUGGCCGCGGGCACGCGAGUCACAUACCAGUGGCUGAAAGACGAGAAGCCAGUGCAGGCCAGCACGACCCACAGCUUCUCUCUCGACCACGGCACCCUUCACAUCGCCCCUGUGACAAAGGCCGACAUUGGGGAAUUCCGCUGCCUGGCAAGGAACUCCAUUGGCGAGAGGCGAAGCGAGGCCCUGGCGCCUGUCAUCUACUAUGGACCUUACGGACUCACAGUCAAUUCUGACCGAGGCCUGAGAGUGGGAGAGGUGUUCACUGUUGACCUUGGGGAGGCCGUACGGUUUGACUGCUCUGCAGACUCCAACCCCCCCAACAUUUACUUGUGGAUUCAGCGGGACGACAAUUCCACCCAGGUGAUCGAGCACGGGCCGCAUCUGGAGGUUGCUUCGGAGCACUUGGGCCGCAGCACCGAUUACACGUGCUGUGCCUAUAACAACGUGACAGGGCGACGAGGAGAGGCACGCUUCACGGUGAUCAUCACGUCUCUAGGACUAGAGAAGGUCACCAGCAAAGGGAAGUCGUCCCUGGCCAUCAUCACAGGCAUCUCUGUGUUCCUGAUCGUGGCCAUGAGUGGCCUCUUCUUGUGGAGCAAGUGCCGACCUCACAAAACCAUCUGCCAGAAGCACACACGCAGGCCAGAAUCCGAAUACGGGAAAGCACAAACGUUUUCAGGCCACGAAGAUGCCCUGACUGACUUUGGGAUCUAUGAAUUUGUUGCCUUUCCGGAGCCUUCCACCGCUCCCAGGACACCCAGCAGGCCCAUUUGUGGCUCUGAGUGGGGCCCCAGGCAGGAGGUCUACGGCACAAUAUAUGAAGUUAUCCAGCACGUCCCUGGGCGGCAGCAGCAAGGCCAUUCGGAGAAACUGGGAACCUAGGAGCCACGGUCAGGUCAAAAAAAGCGGCCACAGCCCACAGCCAUCGCCUGCCCCAGAAACCCAUUUCUAGUCAGGGGCAUGUCCUAGCCGUGGCAUUAGGUGGAGACCCAGGGAGAACAGCUGUGGUGCAUUCAGGGCCUCAAUUCUGGAGGCCAUAUACCCCACCCCAGACUUCAACACCCUGUCUCCAUCCUCCUGAACAGACCAGACUCAUCCCUCCCCCCAGACGGUCGUCUGUGUUGGGUGGAGACACAGCCACCACGCCUGACACUCUCCUAGCUUUGAUGUUCAGUUGUGCCGAGUAAUCCACGCCUGAAAAUGCCAGGGGAGUGGGCUGCAGUUUUAGCAUGGUGGGUGGGGACCCAUCGCUGUAGGUGGGAAGGAGAAACUCCUUCAUUGUCCCAAGGUCACAGAUACCGUCCUGUAUAAAAGCUUUAACCUGAGCCCAUUCUAGGGGGGGGAUUCUGAGGUAGAUGGACGAUACCACCUGGACCAGUUCCUGGACCCCGACCCCUAACCCAAGGCGGACGACAGCCUGCUCCUUCCGUGUCUAACGUCAAGGCUGCCUCAUUCCCCAAAGUCCAUCUCACCUACUCUUCUCUCUUCUUUUCUUUCUCUUCCCACCCCCAAGAAGCUGUUCCUGUUGCCUGAGAGAAUACUGGAGUGACAACUCUGUGCCACUCCACUCAUUACUUCGGGUGAUUCACAUGGAGAACCAGGGAAACAUAGCCAGCAAUUGUUAAGUCUUGUGCAAAAAACCAAGACUGACGUCUCAGGGCACAGCUGAUGUUUUCAUCACCCUGGCCAAUUAAAAGUCAUGGUUUCCAAAGAGAAAGUCAAGAAGGUUUCUAAUACUGCGAUUUGCAUUUGUGACCCUCAAUUUAAAACUUAGAAAUGAUAGCUCUGGCCAGGAAUAGGAAAUGCCUAAAAAGGGCUGGUAUAAAUAGAUUUACCUAGAGUCUUGCACAUCUGAUCUGGCUUCAGGGCUUUGCAAUGAAGACUGAAGGAAUUAUGCUUGUCCGCACACACACACCAAAGGAAACCUGUUUCUCCUUGCUUCCUUUGAAUUCCUUCAUGGGAGCCUGAAGCCUUUCCCUCUGGGCACAAGGAAAUUCUGUUUACCUUUUCUGUUGUGUUGUUUUAAAUGUUUGAUUUGUCUUGAUUGACACCACACCAAUUGUGUCUUUAUUGGGAAUACCGUAAGAAGGAGGCAACCGAAGGGGAAACAUCCCCAGAGAAGAGAUCAAGACAGAUUUAAAAGUGAUUUUCUUUUUUUUUUGUCAAAAGCUCUGUCUCUGGCUGGGGGCUUGGAGCUAA